AUGAAUAAGCGACAGAGGAUGAAGUGGAGACCCAUCCCUGUUUGUGGUGCGGAUAAGGCACGGAAGGAUAAGGGGGUCCUAACCCUGCACCCGGAGCACCAGCAGCAGACUUGGCUUGCCUUGCCUUCGUCUCUCACUCGCGUGAGAGAGCAGUCUCGGUUGAUCGAUACCAGGCCGCAACCGGUGAUUUUGCUGUCACUCACACACACAACUAAGACAAUGGCAGCUAUGGCUUGCGCCUCUGCUCCCGCUACGGCUUUGGUGCCUAGCUCCAGCAGCUGCUGCUGCGGCAGCAGCUCCUCGUCCUCGCUCAUCGGCACCCGUGUCGCCAUUGCGCCGUUGCGAGUGAACAAGGUGGCGUGCCGGAGCUUGGUGGCGGUGUCGGCGUCCGCUGCUGCAGUAGAAGAGCAGACGGAGGAGAAGAACGUGCAGCGGCUGUUGGGUAUUUACCAGGAGAAAGUGGUGCCUGCAUUGCAGGAGGAGUUUAAAUACGGGAAUUCAUUCGAGAUUCCUCAGGUGAAGAAGAUUAUCGUCAAUUGUGGUGUUGGGGAGGCGUCACAAAAUGCUAAAGCCCUAGAAGGGACAAUCCGAGACAUUGCCGCCGUGACCGGUCAGAAGUCCGUCGUCACUCGCUCCAGGAAAGCUAUUGCUGGUUUCAAGCUCAGGGAGGGUGUACCUGUUGGUGUUACCCUCACAUUACGCGGUGAUGUCAUGUAUUCCUUCUUGGACAGGCUCUUGAACUUGGCACUCCCACGUACUAGGGAUUUCCAAGGAGUGAACCCCUACAGUUUCGACGGAAGAGGCAAUUACACACUGGGCCUUCAGGAGAUUAGUGUGUUCCCCGAAAUCAAGUUCGAGAACAUUGACAAGGUACGUGGGUUGGACAUUUGCAUCGUCACCUCCGCAAAGAACGACGCGGAAGGUCACAAGCUUCUCUCAUUGCUGGGUAUGCCCUUCAAGGAAAUGGGUGGUGGCCGCAUGUCCGCUUCAGCUGCGAAGAAGGCCACACGCGUGACCUUCAGGGGGAGGAGAAAGUAGAAGCAACAAUUAGGUUAGAUACAGCUUUUUUCUCUCGUGAUUGAUGCUCCACUACCUAUUUCUAGGUUUUAGGUCUCGAUUUGUCGAUUUUUAUCAACCUCAUCAAUUUUACAUCAACAAGUCUCCUAUGUUGAAGAAACCUUCCCACCUAACACACACGCUUCUGUCAUGUCGAGGGGAAACAUCACCGACGCAAUAACUGUGUGAUUGAUUUCCCCCCCUCGACACUUGCAUGAUGCAAACUGUGACAACGAUGUCAUUCCAUGAGCAGGAUAUCUGAUCACUACUAACGCACUAGUCUGCGGGAAGGCUUAUCUUUGAAAAUUGA